AUGCCGGCCUCAUUGAUGGACAAGCUUAUGCUUCUGCCUGCACUCGGUCUGGUGACUAUUAUAGGAUGUUAUGCUGCAAUGACUGGUGCCUUUAGAGAGCACCGUGGAAUCCCUUAUAGGGGUCACAUAAUCAGUGCAAUAAUCAGAACCACUUUUUGGACGUUGACACCGGGGCAAAUACAAAUGAUUACGGCGCCAUUUAUCGAUACCUACAAGAGUUGGUCCGCAAAACAUAAGCUAGCCCCAAUGAUAGACAACAUACCAAACACAAGCAUUCAAGGUUUCUGGGUUGGAAACAAAGACUCGGCGAAAUAUGUCAUGUUGUACCUCCAUGGAGGUGGGUUUGUAUACCCUGGAAUGGUCAAUCAUAUCGACAUGAUCCAACUAUUUGUAGAAUGGUCCGGUGGCGAUUUGGCAGUAUUCUGCCCUUGCUACACUCUUGCUCCAGAUGAAGUAUAUCCAACUCAGAUAGGACAGGCGGUGGAAUCCCUUCGCUAUGUGCUUUCACUACCGAGCCGCUUACCAGAAACAACUCUCAUCGGAGGAGACUCUGCAGGAGGAAAUCUCGUUUUCGCAGUUCUGAGUCAUAUUUCCGGCCAUCCACAUCCCCAGACCAGCAUCGUUAAGCCACUUGAGUCGGCCAGACCCUUGAAAGGCGCCAUCUUGAUCGCACCGUGGGUUUCGUCCGACGGAACGAAAUUCGAAUCCUUUCACCAAUUUCGUAAUGUUGAUGUUGUCACUACAGCAUCCGCGAACGGUUUCAUUGAAAUUUACAAGGGAGAGAGGAAGAACAUCGUUGAUGAUGAGUUUACUGUCCCAGAGCUUGCCCCUGGUAAUUGGUGGUCUGAACUGAAGACAUCAAAUCUCAUUAUCACAGUAGGAGAGUUCGAAAGUCUCAAAGAUCCAGUCAUCGCCAUGGUGGAGAGACUGAAGGAAAGUGCUAAGGGUGUCGAUGUGAAGUUGGUUAUUGGGAAAAACGAGAUCCAUGUUGCACCUCUGUUCCCAAAGCCGGUACGAUAUCAAGACCAAAUGGGAGAUGAUUGUCAAGAGGCUGCAUUAAGAAAUUGGAUCAAAGAUAAACUCUAG